GCGCAUCAGCGCGGAGAUCGAGCGGCAGCUGCGCCGGGACAAGAAGGACGCGCGCCGCGAGCUCAAGCUGCUGCUGCUGGGAACUGGUGAAAGUGGCAAAAGCACCUUUAUCAAGCAGAUGAGAAUUAUCCAUGGGUCUGGUUACAGCGAUGAAGACAGAAAGGGGUUCACGAAGCUCGUUUACCAGAACAUAUUCACCGCCAUGCAAGCCAUGAUCAGAGCCAUGGACACCCUGAGGAUACAGUACCUGUGUGAGCAGAAUAAGGAAAAUGCCCAGCUAAUCAGAGAAGUGGAAGUAGACAGGGUCUCUGCGCUCUCCGAGGACCAGGUGCAGGCCAUCAAGCAGCUCUGGCUGGACCCAGGAAUCCAGGAGUGUUACGACAGGAGGAGGGAGUACCAGCUCUCAGACUCUGCCAAAUAUUACCUGACUGAUAUUGACCGGAUCGCCUUGCCGUCAUAUGUGCCGACGCAGCAAGAUGUGCUUCGUGUUCGCGUGCCCACAACUGGCAUCAUCGAGUAUCCGUUUGACUUGGAAAACAUCAUCUUUCGGAUGGUGGAUGUGGGUGGCCAGCGAUCCGAAAGGCGGAAGUGGAUCCACUGUUUUGAGAGCGUCACCUCCAUCAUAUUCUUGGUUGCGCUGAGUGAAUACGACCAGGUCCUGGCUGAGUGUGACAAUGAGAACCGCAUGGAAGAGAGCAAAGCCUUAUUUAAAACCAUUAUCACCUAUCCCUGGUUUCUGAACUCAUCCGUGAUUUUGUUCUUAAACAAGAAGGAUCUUCUGGAAGAGAAAAUCAUGUACUCUCAUCUAAUUAGCUAUUUCCCAGAAUACACAGGACCGAAGCAAGACGUCAAGGCUGCCAGAGACUUUAUCCUGAAGCUCUAUCAGGACCAGAACCCUGACAAGGAGAAGGUCAUCUACUCCCACUUCACGUGCGCCACGGACACGGAGAACAUCCGCUUUGUCUUCGCUGCCGUCAAGGACACCAUCCUCCAGCUGAACCUGAGGGAGUUCAACCUUGUCUAAACGCUGCUGCCCACACCUCGCCAACCAGAGACGGGAUUCACCAGCCCCUCGCUUUCCUUCUGAGAGCUUCUGACAUGCGCCAUCCCAGCCCCCUGGGCAGUACCACACCAAGUCCGCCCUGCAGGCCACAGGGACAGAGAUGGGCCACGGAGCUUGUAAGACAUUUGAAUUAAGCAAAAUUUUUUCAAAGUCUUGAUUCCAAAAUUGUUUUUAUAUUUCGACUUUUGGCUUGUUAAGAUUUUUGUGUAGUGAUUGAAUUUGAGGUUUUAUAGAAUUUUUUAAAAAGCCAUCAUAAUUUACUUUUUUAAAGAAAUAAAUUUAAGUGUGUUUGUUAAUUUAGAGAUCAUGCCUUGAGACCACUAGAAUUAAUUUGCAUAACUUUGUUUAAAAAAAUAAGUUUUAAGCUUUUUUAUUAUAGCUUGUAAUUUUGAGACCAUUUUAAAUUGUUUUUCUCUCUUUAUGCUGAAAAGUGUGAUGCUUUUAACAUGCCACCAAAGAUUUUUUAAAACGGUUAUUUUUUUGUGCUAACUUUUUAAGUCAAAUUAAUGACUAUGUUGGUAUCUAAUUUGGUUUUCCACGUUUGGAUCACCAUGAAGCCAAAGCUGACAUAAGGUAAAUGGGCUCCACAUAGCACCUAUGUUAUCCUGAUGAAAAGUGUAUAUGACCAGGCCUUAUAAACUUAUGAAAUGGCUAAAAGCCCCAACUGUUUAACCAAUGUAAUGUAACCCUGCCAGAGGUCUGAUGGCCAUCACAGAUGUGCUGUCUGCACCACGUGGGCCGUGCCUUUCUGGGGAGGCUAAGAAUACACCAUUCUGCCAUUA